AUGGCAGACACUCUCGAGUCUGGGAGCGAGGGCGCCGGAGAGGCUGGCGAGGCAACAACACCUCAUGGGAUUGUGAAAUGUCUGAAAUUACCACUGCCUGAAAACAUUUUAGCUUAUCUAGAAAAAAGGGAAGUACUAAGGGAUGAUCAGAUUGGGCCUUGUAAUAGUUUGGCAGAAAAAGUUACUUCUAAUUAUAUUAUAGCCAAAGAAAUUAUUAGCAACUUGUGCUGGCAGGAGAAGAUGCUAGCUAAGCUUGUGUGCAGCACAUGGCUUUCUGCUGUACACACAUUGGAGCGGGAGCAACUCAGUCCUGCAGACUUUGUUAUGGAUUUGCACUCUUGCUGCUCCUCUAGAGUGGGGAUAGAGUACAAGAAGUCUGCCAACUUUGCUACGGAGCCCUUAGUUGUACUAACCUUUGCAAACACAGCCGGUUUCAAUAUAACAUGCAAAUGUAAAGUCAUUUGCCCCAUUCCUUGUAUGCCACCCUGUGAAAAGGAACACUGUUUGCUGGAUCUGGUGCAGAGAUAUGUCAGUGCUCCAAAAGAUUGUAUGCUGACAGUGCGAGCUCAGUACCUCUCAUACAUGCCGCUUCCACAGUCUAUAACUUAUGAACAUGCGAUCACUCGCCACAUGUUUGUCCGCUCGAAUCCAUUCAUCGGAGGAGUUUACAUCCCAAAGCUACCUGAUGUUCAAUUCCACGUAAUAAACAUAAAGUCCAAAGGAGAUAUAAAAUCUGAUUUCUAUAGAGAAAUAGACAGAAUCUCGGAAACUAGAAUCUUCAAGGGAGUAAUUGUUUAUGUAACAGAGAAAUAUCUUUUGCACUCAGUGCAGGAUAUUGUUUUCUUAAAUUACUUAAAGGAAGUACAACCUGAUGUUCCAUAUGCUUUGGGAGGAUGCAUAGUGGAGGAUACAAUGUUUGAACAGAGUGAUCUAAAUCACAUUGUAGACCAAGUAAAUGAGGGCAAAGACUUCAUCACAGAGAAUCUGAUCUCAAUCGGGCUGUUUUCAGUUCCAAAAGGCGAUAAUAAUAAGGAGAAAGCUGAUAGGUACAACUUUGAAGUGUACUCACUUAUCAUUGAUACCUCAGAUUGGGCCAAAUCAAGAAUAAGCAGUGCAAUCACUGAGUUUGCAGGACACGUGCCAAGAUUCGAACACAGCGUGGCAAUCAAACUCUCCUGUCUCGGACGCGACCAAAAGCACGAAGUUGAGCAGGACUACUUCAGAGCAUCAUUUCCACAAACUCGCAUCGCCGGCUGCUACGGGAACGGCGAGCUGGGAAUCAACCAUCCACCGCGACAGCCCGACAAACAACCGAACCUUGCCAAACGUGUCCGCCAAGAUACGGGCCCUCACUUUGGAAUUAUGUACUCAUAUUCCACGGUUUUCAUGUACAUUGGCUGGGGAAAGAGCUCAGCUCCUGUGGAACCGUCGGCAAGCCUUCAAAAGACACGCAGCAAGACCCAAGCGCGAUUUCGAACGAAUUAGCACGGUUCUGAACUACUUAGAGGUUUUCUCAAAAGCUUUCAAUAUGAUUACACACUUUCGAUUUCGUAUUGUCUUUAAAGUGGGUAGUUUUUAUUAGUACAAGGUGAAAAGUAGAAAUGAGUGCUACAUAAAUAAAUAAAUACCCGAGUUGGUGCUUGCAAACCCCUUAAGGGUAUUCAUUUAACCAAUUUAGAAACCAUAGCCCUGUAGCCUCUAGUGGUCUAGUGGUCAUUAGAGAAUGAAUACAGUAACAACAAGAUUGUUAGGGUCGGUUGCACCAAACUGUUUGUCAUCGUUAAAGAGUUCACUAAAUUUGAUUGUAUGGAAAGUUUCAUAGUAAACCGCCGCGGCGCGCCAGGUGACGUUGAUCAGUCUGUCAAGUGUGGAUGGUGCAACUGGCACUUAGUCUAUCUCGCGCGCGAGAUACUGUCGCGGCGCUCGUGUGCUAAGCCCACUGACUGAUUAGUUAAUCAGGGAUAUUAUUUCAAAAAAAUCUGCCCAUGCAUAAUAAUGGAUUUCUGCUUUUCACCCUACAAAUUUGCACCAUAUGAAAUAGUUAAUAUUCCCAUAUUCUAUAUAUUUAGUAUAAAGCCAUCCCACCCCAUGUCUAUUACCUUAAAGUAUAAACAAAAAUUCAGUGUAAUUCCUUAUACAUGUAGACUUGAAGGGGCCCACUGAUUACCAGUCUCCAGAUAUCGGCUGUCAGUUGUUCGGAACUGUUGAAUUUUUGUUCUAACUGACAGGCUGAUAUCGUCUGGCGGACUGAUAAUCAGUAGGCCCCUUUACAAUUAAAAUAACACAUUGACUAUGUAUUUACGCAUCAAUCAUUUAGGUAAGUAUAGGGUAGUAGUAAGGAUUUUCUUAUAUUUUACUGUAACUGUUUUAUUCCAGGAGAAUGUCUGAGAUGAUAUAAGAUUUUGAUUUAAUUUGCAAUCCUCGGGUACUCUGGCGAAAUUUACCUUCAUGAAAUGAUAAAUUGAAGUAGAAUAGCAACAUUAAAUUGUGGAUUCCUAAAGGUAAUGAAAUGAAACGAAAAUCUUUAUUAUGAUUUAGUGCGCUUUCCGCGAACAUCGAAUAUCGAAACUUCGGUAUGUUCUCUAUUGCGGAGAUAAUGAAAGUGUGAUUUUCGAUGUUCGCGGUAGCCUCCAGUUUUCACAUGGUUCUGGAAUAAAAUUGAUAAUUGAAAUAAGUAUCUCAUAGUGACCCUACAAGACUUGCUACAAAUGAGACCGAAUGGUGUUACAAGUACAGGGUGCCUAGCCAACAUGCCAAUCGUUUGCUCAACGACAACGAAACGCUAUCGGUUUCUCUAUCGCACUAAUAUAUAAGAGUGAUAGACGUAAAGCGUUUCGUUGUCGUACCACAAACGAUUGGCAUCUUGGCUAGGCCCCCAGGUGUAAAAUUAUUUAUGAUUAUAGAUUUAGUUAAGGUAGGUCGAUAUUCUCGGUGACAGUGAAACUUGCUACCAUUCUUUAAAAUCAAUCAAAACAUUACCGGACUAAUUUUAUGUAGUAGGUAGAAGAACAGUUAACACGUUGUACACUAUUGACCGAAGAUGGAUAGAAAUGACAUUUAACUACUUAGUGGAAGGUG